AUUGAACUGACGCCGUUUGAAGCGUGAGACCCUGAAGCUUAUAUACUAGUGGGCGGGGCCACAAUAAUACAACCUUCCUGCAGAGGCGGUGCUUAGUGAGUCCGAGGGCAGGGUUUGGUGUAGGGUGUGGGCGGGGCUUAUCCGGGUCUUCCCUCGGCGGACUGCAGUGUGUGGUGUACCCUUUGAGGAGCGCCGUCAUGGAAACGCAGGCAGGAAAUCAGCUCUGCCAAAAUCCACAUUCCUGGGAUAUUCAUUAAAAGAUUUUUGGGUUUUUUUUUUUAUAUAUAUAUAAAAGAAGCGUGGAAAUAAGGGACGACUGGAGAGACUCUUCCACACCCUGGGAUCAUUUAUUUCUAUUUAACCUGGUGGAUGUUUUUUUUAUUAUUAUUAUUAUUUAUAUAAAUAUACAGAAAUUCCGUAUUGUUGGUGGAUCUACUUGAUUUCUGUCUGGGGUGGUGGUGGUUGUUGUUUUUGUUUGUUUGUUGUUUUUUUUACGACUUGGUGUGUUUGAAUGGCUUGAGGACGUUUUCCCAGCCGCCUCUCAGACUCAGUGAUGUCCAGAUGCUUUGUUUACUCUUUAAUUUGACCGUUUGAGCAUCUGAGGAUGUGAUUAAAUAAUAACACAAUAUUUAGACAAAGGAUCCACAGAGAGGAAAAGGAGAUUUGCACAGAUUUCUUUCCCCGUUUCUCCCAGUAUGACCGGAGGAGCGUUUGCGUCUGUGUUUUGCGGUUAUUUAUGGGAAAGCAUUCAUUCAGAAUAAAAAUGAGUCCCGUUCAAUUAAGCUGAACUCCUCUGGAGGUACAGGAAACGCUUUUUUUUUUUUUUUUUUUUAAAGAUAUCUUUUUUUUUGGUGUUGUUCUAUUGGAGAAAAUGGACAGUGAAGUAUUCACACCUCAGCUGGAGCAGUUUCUGCUCACUCCUCUGGUGGCAUGGGUGAAAACAGUGGUCCAGCCAAGCCCAAGCGACCGAAGCAGUCUUUCUCUGUACAUGGAGUUAGUGGAUGGUUCCUACCUCAAUGAGGUCAUGUUGAGGAUAAAUCCGAAAGCUUCCAGCCAGAGAGUGAACAAGAAAGUGAACAAUGACGCGGUAUUACGUGUGCAGAACCUCUCCAUCCUCAUACGCCACAUCAAAACAUACUAUCAGGAGAGCCUGCAGCAGCUGGUGAUGAUGCCUCUGCCCAACGUGCUGGUGCUCGGCAGAAACCCGCUCACUGAACAAGGCUUGGCUGAGGUGAAGAAGCUGCUCUUGCUGUUGCUCGGGUGUGCUGUUCAGUGCGAGGAAAAGGAGGAGUACAUCGAGAGGAUCCAGACGCUGGAUUUCGACACCAAGGCGGCCAUCGCGUCUCACAUUCAGGAGGUCACCCAAGAUCAGGAGAAUGUUCUGGACCUGCAGUGGCUAGAGGGGGGCGAAUCUCCACCCGAGGACCUGGACUCGCUCUCCAGAAACCUGGCCUUCCAUCUCAGACGCCUGGUGGACGAGAGAGACGAGCAGCUGGAGACGAUCGUAGAGCUGACCCAGGAGAGAGACUGCGGCCAGUCUCCAGCUCCUCCUCCUCCGCCCUGUGCCCAGUCUCCCAGCGACUCGCCCAGCAUGCGGCGCACCGAGAGCAGGCAGCAUCUCAGCGUCGAGCUGGCAGACGCCAAGGCCAAGAUCCGACGCCUCCGCCAGGAGCUAGAAGAGAAAAGCGAGCAGUUGCUGGACUGCAGACAGGAACUAGAGAACCUGGAGAAAGAGCUGAGGAGGAUUCAGCAGGAGAACCUUCAGUUGCUGUCAGACGCGCGCUCGGCGAGGGCCUACCGCGAUGAGCUGGACGCUCUGAGAGAGAAGGCCAUCCGAGUGGACAAGCUGGAGAGCGAAGUGGGCCGUUAUAAAGAAAAGCUCCACGACAUCGAGUUUUACAAAGCCCGGGUCGAGGAGCUUAAAGAGGACAAUCAGAUCCUGCUGGAGACGAAGAGCAUGUUGGAGGACCAGCUAGAAGGCUCCAGGGCUCGCUCGGACAAACUGCACGAGCUCGAGAAGGAGAACCUGCAGUUCAAAGCCAAAAUCCACGACAUGGAGAUGGAGCGAGACAUGGACAGGAAGCGUAUAGAGGAGCUGCUGGAGGAGAACCUGGCGCUGGAGAUGGCUCAGAAGCAGAGCAUGGACGAGUCCCUGCACCUCGGAUGGGAGCUGGAGCAGCUUUCCAAAACCACACCCGAAGUCACCGAGGUUCCUCAGAAGUCUCUGGGCCACGAGGUCAAUGAGCUGGCCUCCAGCCGCCUCCUGAAGCUGGAGAUGGAGAACCAGGCGCUGCUGAAGACCGUGGAGGAGCUGAAGGGUCGCGGCGAGGCCGGCGCACGCCUCCUCAAGGCUGAAAAGGAGAACCUGAGACUCAGCCAGAAGCUGGAACAGCUGGAGAGCGAAGCGCAGUCUGACAGGGAGAGUCUGCGCAGUGCCGAGAACCUGAGCUCAGACCUGAUGAAGGAGAAAGCUCAGCUGCAGAAAACCCUGGAGACUCUGAGGGAGAACUCGGAGAGACAGGUGAAGGGGUUGGAGCAGGAGAACGAGCACUUGAACCGGACCAUCACGUCCCUCAGGCAGCGCUCUCAGGUCAGCGCCGAAGCCAGGGUCAAAGAUGUCGAGAAGGAGAACCGCGUCCUCCACGAGUCCAUCAAAGAGACCAGCGGCAAGCUGAACAAGCUCGAGUUCGAGCGCAAGCAGCUCCGCAAAGACCUGGAGUGCUACAAGGAGAAAGGCGAGAAGGCGGAGGAGCUCGAGACGGAGGUCCAGCGCCUGGAGCGUGAGAACGAGGGUCUGCAGAAACGUGUGGCGAGCCUUGGGAUCACCUGUGAGAAGGUGGACGCCUUGGAAAGGGAGAACGCUGAGCUGGAGGCGGAGAGCAGAAGGUUGAAGAAGAAGAUUGAUGGGCUGAGGAACGCGUCCCUGCAGUUGGAGGCAUUAGAGAAGGAGAACGCCCAGCUGGACGAGGAGAACCUGGAACUGCGGCGUACGGCCGAGACUCUGAGGUCCGCAGGAGCCAAAGCCGCUCGUCUGGAGCAGGAGAACCGAGAGCUGGAGAGCGAGAAGAAUCAGAUGCAGAGAAACCUAGAGCUGCUAAAAGCUUCGUCCAAGAAAACCGAACGCCUGGAGCUCAGCUACCAAGGUCUGGACUCGGAGAACCAGCGGCUCCAGAAGUCCCUGGAGAACAGCGGGCGUAAAAUCCAACAGCUGGAAGGAGAGCUCCGGGACCUGGAGAGCGAGAACCAGAGCCUGCAGAGGAACCUGGAAGAGCUGAAGAUCUCCAGCAAGCGUCUGGAGCAGCUGGAACAGGAGAACAAAGUGCUGGAGCAGGAGAGCUCGCAGCUGGAGAAAGACAAGAAGCAGCUGGAGAAGGAGAACAAGCGGCUGAGGCAGCAGGCUGAGAUCAGAGACUCCAAACUGGAUGAGGACAGUCAGAGAAUAUCGCAGUUGGAGAAGGAAAACCGCGCGCUGAGCAAGGAAGUGAGCACCCUGAGCGACUCCUAUAACCGCGUCAAAGAUCUCGAGAGGGACAACAAGGAGCUGGUGAAGCAGGCCACGAUCGACAAGAAGACACUGGUCACGCUGAGAGAGGAGCUGGUGAGCGAGAAACUAAAGAGUCAGCAGACGAACAACGACCUGGAAAAACUGACUCACGAGCUGGAGAAGAUGGGGCUGAAUAAAGAAGGGCUGCUGCACGAUGAACAGUGCUCUGCUGCGAGGUUCAAGCUCCUGGAGUCGAAGCUGGAGUCCACAUUGAAGUCCUCGCUGGAGAUUAAAGAGGAGAAGAUCGCCGCCCUGGAGGCCAGACUGCAAGAGUCCUCCAACCUUAACCAGCAGCUCCGGCAGGAACUCAAAACAGUGAAGAAGAACUACGAAGCUCUUCGUCAGAGGGAGGAGGAAGAGCGCAUGGUGCACAGCUCGCCCUCGAGAGGAGGGGAAGGCUCGCAGAGCACCAGCAAGUGGGAGAAGGAGAGUCACGAGGCCACUCGAGAGCUGCUGAAGGUCAAAGACCGACUCAUAGAGGUGGAGAGGAACAAUGCCACUCUUCAGGCGGAGAAGCAGGCGCUGCGUACGCAGCUGAAGCAGCUGGAGACUCAGAGCAGUAACCUCCAGGCUCAGAUCCUCGCUCUGCAGAGACAGGCCGCCUCGCUGCAGGAGAACAACACCACACUGCAGACUCAGAACGCUAAACUACAGGUGGAGAACUCGACACUGAACUCUCAGAGCGCGGCGCUCGUCGGCCAGAACGCUCAGCUGCAGAGUCAGCAGUGCAGCGCCGAAAGCGAGCGAGACGGCGCCGUACGGGAGCGCGAGGACCUCCGAUCCACCUACGAGCUGCUACUGAGGGAUCACGAGAAGCUCGCGGCUCUGCACGAGCGCCAGGCAGCCGAGUACGAGGCCCUGAUCGGCAAACACGGGGGUCUGAAGAGCGCACACAAGAGCCUGGAAGUGCAGCACCGAGACCUGGAGGACAGGUAUAACCAGCUGCUGAAGCAGAAGGCACAGCUGGAGGAGCUGGAGAAGGUUUUGAAGGCCGAGCAGGAGAAGAUGCUGUCGGAGAACCAGAGGCACCAGGCCACAGCGGCCGAGUAUCAUAAACUGAAGGAAGAAAACGACAAGUUGAACACUACAUACCAGCAGCUGCUGAGAGAUAACGAGGGCCUGCAGGCCGACCACAAGAACCUGAAGAGCCAGCUGAACGCCGCUAAACUGGAGCAGACGCGCCUGGAGGCCGAGUUCUCCAAGCUGAAGGAGCAGUACCAACAGCUGGAUAUCACCUCCACCAAACUCACCAACCAGUGCGAGUUGCUGAGCCAGCUGAAAGGGAAUCUGGAGGAGGAGAACCGACACCUGCUGGACCAGAUCCAGACCCUGAUGCUGCAGAACCGAACCCUGCUGGAGCAGACCAUGGAGAGUAAAGACCUCUUCCACGUCGAGCAGAGACAGUACAUAGACAAACUCAACGAGUUGAGGAGACAGAAGGAGAAGUUGGAGGAGAAGAUCAUGGAUCAGUACAAAUUCUACGACCCCUCACCCCCCAGGAGAAGGGGCAACUGGAUCACGCUGAAGAUGAAGAAACUGAUCAAGCCAAAGAGUCGAGAGCGAAUGCGUUCCCUCACCCUCACGCCCUGCCGCUCCGAGUCGAGCGACGGCUUCCUGGUGGCUCCUCAGGACAGUCAGGACAGCUCGUCCAUGGGCUCCGGGUCGCUCGACGACCCUCUGAGUCAAAAGAGGAGCGGCACACUGAAAAAGCUGCCCUUUAUGAGGAACAGGUCCAAGGACAAAGACAAAGUGAAGGCUAUCUACCGGCGCUCCAUGUCCAUGAACGAUCUUCUGCAGUCCAUGGCGCUGGCCGGUGCUGGGCAGUGGAGUGGCAGUACCGAUCACCUGGAGGCUCCUGAAGACCCGGUGUGUGCAGGUGGGAGUCAGCGAAUGAAGGAGCUCGCGUACUCCACCACAGCCAUCAACUACACCACCCUCAGCAACAAGCACAAACUCAAGAGCAAAGAUAAUGUCUCCUGCGAGGACGUCACUCCCACCUCUUCAGACGAGCAAAGUGCAGUUCGAAGCCAAGGUGCGGUGAACGGCAGCGUGAGCAGACCGCACAGCGAGAGCAGCGGAGAGUUCAGCCUCAGUCUGGACGCCGAGGUUUGGUCGAGCGAGAGCAGCCCGGUACAGAGAUCGUCUCAACACAACCAGAGGAGGAGGAGCAGCGCUCACGCCAACGAGUCUGGCAGCCGGGACAAUCUGAGCGCAGAAUCUCCACGUCUGUCCAGAGCGUCCGAUCCCGUGCAGAAGGAGCGCACCAAGGGGCGGGGCAUCCUGAGGUCUGCCAGCGGGAAGGCCACGCCCACCGAGUCCCGAGCAGGCCGACCGAGUCUGCGUAAGGCAGAGAGCACUCGGGUGAAGGGCCCGAGUCAGCCCAGGUUAGGCCUGAGUGCUCAGGCAAAAGCGACUUCUGUGUGCGAGCGCCUGGACGCCUCGUCCUCUUCCGCCGGACUUCCUCGUGCCAGCAGCGUCAUCUCUACAGCCGAGGGCAGCACGCGCCGCUCCAGCGUCCACGACAUGCUGGCCAAGGACGCACGCGAGCCCGUCUCUGUGGAUCCGUCGCCCUCGAAGGGUCAGGCCGCAUCCAAUGUGGAAACGUCACGCGAGCGCAGGAAAUCUAAAAGCCGGUCCGGAGAGCAGCAGAUCUCCUAAAGUGUUAGCGUUUUGCCGAGCCGGAGGGUUCCUCCAUCUCAGCGCUUCAGUACUGCAUGCUGUUCUGACGCCGUGGCUGGAAGCUCCUCGUGUAUAAACGUCAUCACCUCUUUGGUUUUUCUUCUGCGCUUCUCUCUUCACCGCUUCCUCACACAGAACCUCUGACCUGACCUUUUUUUUAAGAUAAAUGAAUAAAUUAAAAAAGGAGAUCUACAUUGACAUGGACAAAAAAGAUGCUUCGGUAUUAAAACAAAUCUUUUUUUUUUUUUUCCUUGAAUCAAGGAAAUGCAAGGGUUUCAACGUGUUGCUCUUUUUUUUUCUUCUUGGACCGGUUUUUGCCAAGUUGACAUUUUUUUUUUUUUUUUUUUGGCCUUCAAAACCCUGUGUGACUCUCAACCAUCCGUCAGUGCACUUUUCUUUCCCUUUCUCUAAUGCCUGCAUGCGACGCUGCGUCCAAAUCCAGACGCAGUCCAACCACACGCAGGAAAUCCGAUCAACAACGUCCUGCUUCCCGACUCACCCGAGCGGAGCAAAGAAGUGGACGAGAAAUAUGAAGCACAAGGACAGAAAAGACUCUCUGUGUGUGUGUGUGUGUGUGUGCGCGAGAGUGUGAGUGUGUAAGACUACUGACGCCAUUCAGCCCUGCCAUAGACUUCCUUUUCCACUUUUACAUAAAUGCCGUUGAUGUGAGAAAACAAAAGUGUGUGUGUGUUAUUUAACAUUUUCAACCCACACCUUUAACGCUCUUAAAAUAUAAAACUAAUCACUGUAAACGUUCCAAAACACCGCCGCUUACCGCCAGCGGUUUGCUCUUCUGUACCUUCAUUUCGCCUCGGAUCACGUUGCCUGCUUUACUUUUUGUACUAACACAUGAGUAAAAAAGAAAAAGGAAACGGUGGUGGUGUUUUUCAUUCCAGUUCGGGCAAGUUCUUUCACGAUGUUCUCGAAUUAAAAAAUAUUUAGCUCAUAUCACAAAUUCUACACCGUGCAUUCUUCCUCCUUCUCAACCACCUUCAUUCAUUUCCUUUCCUCCAUUCUCAAAGAAUUCGCACUGAGCGGGACUGAGACCGAGCUCCGUGUUGUGCUGUUGGAGGAAAAUAAUCAACGACGGCGUGGUGUGAUGCAGCGAUGUGACCGUUAUAACCCUGAACUUUAUUAUUUUCUAACAACAGCACGUCCUGGAAUGUUUUAUUCCUCUUACACGGCGCCGGUUUUCCAACGAUUACGAUUUUCAUUUACUUUUUUUUUUUUUUUAUUUUUUUUAAAAUGGCAACUUUCUUAUCGGUUUAUCGUGACAUUUCAUGUUGUGGUACGUCCAAGCGGUAGGACAAGUUCUCACUUGCUGUAGCAGCUGAUAAACAGUAGAGCAGAUCUAUUUUUUUUUUCUCUCGUUUCAACUUAAUUUACUGAGAAACCGCAAAGCGUGAACGCCUCUGUCCUGAAAAUGUCGGAAAACAUAAAGUUGCAGCUUAAAGUUACGUCAAAUCGCGGCCAUAUUUGGUUCCCGUGUCCAAGAAGCUAUUUGCAUUUAUUAUUAAAAUACAAGGUUAAUCUCAUCCUUCUGCUCAGUGAAAGUAUCUCUGUAUCUUUAUCCAGUCUUAUCGUUGGUGUUCAGCACAGAGACAUCAACUUUCUCACAUUUCUGCACCACAGCAUCACUUUCUGUUUAUUCCACUCACUGGAUAAAGAAA